AUGAAGCUCACUUCAGUAUUCCAAACCCUUGCGCUUCUCGCGGUUUCCGUUGACGCCCGCGCCGCAACCACCCUCAAGCGCAAAGCCCUCUGGAAACCAGCAGUCGGCGCCAAAUGGGAAAUCAUCCUCUCGGAAGUCUUCAAGAUCCCCAGUGGAGGUGCUAGCAAGCUUGACCCUAGCGUUACCAUCUACGACCUUGACCUCUACGAAAACAGCAAGGACACAUUCGCCGCUCUGCAAAAGGCUGGAAAGAAUGUCAUUUGCUACUUCAGCGCUGGAUCAUGGGAGAACUGGCGCGAUGACAAGGAUGAGUUUCCCGCUAAAGACCUCGGAAAGACCAUGGAUGGAUGGCCCGAUGAGAAAUGGGUGAACAUCAAAAGCACUGCCGUCCGGGCUAUUAUGGCCAAGAGGAUCAAGGUCGCGGCGGACAAGGGCUGUGAUGCUAUUGAUCCUGAUAACAUGGACGGUUAUCAAAACGACAACGGUCUUGGUCUCACAGAAGCUGACACAAUCUCAUACGUCAAGUUCUUGUCCGCUGAGGCGGCAAAGUACAACAUGGCCAUGGGCAUGAAGAAUGGCGGAGACGUCACCGAGGACGUCCUCCCAUACGUCGCCUUCAGCAUCAAUGAGCAAUGCAUUCAGUACAAGGAGUGUGGCCUGUAUGCCCCAUACAUCGACGCCGACAAGCCCGUCUUCAACAUUGAGUACCCCAAGGGCGCACCGACCGUCAAGGCUAGUGACAAGACGAAGAUUUGUUCGACAACCGGUGCUGCUGCAGACUCUGAUGGGUUCAGCAAGAUCAUUAAGAAGUUGAACUUGGAUAAGUGGACAAUGUACUGUUAA